AAAGUGAACUGCUCCUCCCUCUCCAGGAUCUGCUGCAGCGUCGCCUGGAGAGUCUUACGGAUGAGAGAGGAAGGAUUUUGGCAUGUAAAGCAGAGGCAGAAAGGGAGAAGCAGGCGCUGCUGGUGCAAACAAAGGCAGAGCGGGAGGAGACGGUGGCUCAGUUCAGGUGCCUGCAUCGGUUCCUGGAAGAGCUAGAGAAGCGUCACCUGGCCCAGGUGGACCAGCUGCAGGAGGAGAUUGCCAGGAAAGCGGAGGACCACCUGGCCAGGCUUUCCAAGGAACUCUCUUCCCUUGAAGGCAUCAUGCGGGAGGUGGAGGAGAAGAGCCGGCAGCCGGCAGCUGAACUCCUGCAGGAUGUGAGAAGCAUCUUGCAGAGAAGUGAGGAGGAGCCCUGUGAGAUCCCAGCGGCUUUCCCGCUGGAGCUGAAACGGAGGAUCUGGGACUUCUUUGAUCGAAAGCCUGAUCUGGAGGGAUGGAGGAAGCAAUUCCCUGGAGUCAUGAGUGAAUGCAAAGCAGCGAAUGUGACCCUGGAUCCGGACACCGCUCAUCCUCAUCUCCUCUUGUCUGAGGAUCAUAAAAGUGUCAGGAUGGACACAAAAUGCAAAAAGUGCCUGACAAUCUGAAGCGAUUCAGCUACAACCCUUUUGUGCUGGGCCAUGAGGGCUUCACAGC